AGUUGGCACUGAUUAGAACAUGUACUGAUGGUAAUGGCUAGUACAGCUAAGGAGCCAGAAGCAGAGGAGAAGUUACUGCAGGUGACAGCUCCUCCUCCAAGUAUUUUCUACAAGAAGUACACUAAUGAUGCUGUACAGAAUGGAACUGCUCCUCCUCCUCCUUCUCCUCCAGAUGGGGAGUACAACGCAUUUGGGAUAGCACACAAUCCAGAAGACCCUAAAUCAAUUCUAGCUCCUCUACGGGAGCAUGGUGUCACUCAACUUUAUCAGGAUGCUUCCAAUGACAUAAAAGAACUCAAAAAGCUGAACUCUUCCCUGGUUGUCAACUUCUUGGACUUGUUAGAUAUUUUGAUUCAAUGUCCAUCAAGUCCUCUUAGAACAAAGAAACUGGAAGAGUUAGAGCUUCUUUUCUGUAACUUUCAUCACUUAGUAAACAAAUUCAGACCUCAUCAAGCACUUGAGACACUAAUUCAGAUGGUUAAAAUACAGAAGGAUCAGAAAAUAAACCUCAUAGAACAGAUAAAUAGUAAAAUGGAGUGUGCUCGUGCAGGACUGCAUACUACAAUCAAUUCACUACCUUCCUCUCUUGCUCUCGAUAUUUCUUCUGAGAUGAUGGAUGAGUCAAUGACAGAUGACCCUGAGCGUCUCCACAAUAAUAAGAACGAAUUUGAUAAUGUUUUAUCUGAUAUCGAGAUGUUGAUAGAUAGGGAACUUGGCAACACAUGAGCUGAAGAAUAAAGUUAAUAAACGAAAGUAUUUCGUUCUAAUUUAUCAAUCACAUCUGCUUGAGUCGAUUACUUAUUUUUGAGUUGAAGUGCAAUUAAUUAUUUAAAAACGCUAUAAGAUUCUAUUCGGUUGUUGAAAAUUUGUUGGAUUGAUAUUCAUACUUUUUCACUGUUCUGGACAAAUUUAAUGAAAAGCACUUCAAGGGAUAACAAAGUUUUUCCAUUUGAUGCAUAUUAUUAUAUUCAGUUUAUACCACAAUUCUAAUAUUAUAUUAUUCAAUUUAAAUUUUAAUCGUUAAUAUUUAAUUCCG